AUGGGUGACAACAAUCAGGCUACGACCCUGGGCAACGACGCCCCCGAUGCUUUCAGCAAGGGCAAGGGCAAGGCUACCGAGGACCCUACCGCCAUGGAAAUGAGCAUGGACGAAGAGGAUGAAAGCGAGAGCGAAGGCGAGGACAUGAUCAACGAAGAUGACGACGACGAUGAGGACACCCUUGAGCCCAUCUCCUCCGACAACAUCAUCAGCGGAGGUCGGCGCACUCGUGGAAAGACCAUUGACUUCCAGGAGGCUGCCGAGAAGCUCAAGAACGACGAAAUGGAUGACGAUGACGACGACGAGGACUUCGCGCCCCAGGACGACGAGGACGACAAGAUGCGUCAGUAA